AUGUCGUUCAAUGUGCCGGUUAAAGCAUUGAAUCCUGUAGAUAUAAAGCUUCCUGAUCAUGUGGUUAAGGGUGCUGUUACCAUAGAUUCCUCUAUAUCAGAAUGGAAUAACUCCGUCACAUUCGACAACUUGACACCUGAUGCUGCGUUCAUAACUAUUGAUAAAUCGAAAAAUAACUUACCUGAGGUGAUAGCUAAUGUUUCUUCUGAACUAAAGCUUCCGAUUGGAGAGGAUUAUGCCUUAGCUUUUGAGGAUCCACGCUACUUUCUAACUUCAACUAACAUUGAUAAAGUGGUUCAUGGUUUCAUGUUGACAAUAACCGCAUCUCCGAUUCACUACGCUAACCGAUUGAAAUCUGUUCUCACUUCGAAUGAUUCCAAAAAGUGCGACUGGGCUAUAACUAAACUAGUUAAUCUAGCAAAGGAUCAAUGCUUUAUUGAAGCUUUUUAUGAAACUAGCAGCAUUACUCUACUAUACGAGCUUUUGAAAUCUGAAAGAAUUAAAAGUAGCACUAGUAUGCUCUGCAACUUACUACAUGCUGUACGCUCGAUGUUGGAUCUCAAUGUCAAUAAUAUCAAUUGGACAGCAGUUCCUCAAGAACUAAUUGAUCAGCUAGCGAAUUAUGUAACUGGUGGUGCUAAGCUUGAAGACGCUAGUACAGUUGUUAUAGCAUUACAAAUGAUUGAAAAUCUCGUGAAUUGCGAAGAUGAACAGAUCAGAAGGAACGUUUUAUCAGCUGUUAAAGUUGAAGCGUUGAUUCGACAUUUAGAAAAAUCUGAUGAAAGGGUCAAUUUAGCAGCAUUGUCAGUUAUGAAUGCUCUGCAUAAAAAUAGUGACGAAGCUGGCAGGAGAGAAAUCGUUAAACAUUUGUCAUCUAAACCUUUCCGAGCCGCUAUUGCUGGUUCGGUUCUGAGAACGGGCAGGGCUAGGGAGCGUUCACUAAUUGAUCAACUUCUUCCACUCCAGCGACUCAUUCUGGAAGAACAAUCUGAGCAUAUGAAAACCGAAUGCAAAGAAGAAGAUUUGAAGAAACUUCUGGAAUCCGAAGUUCUACAAUUUUCGGAUUGCAAAGCAGAAGGUGAUGUUGAGUUACUGAAAAGUUCUGGACUUGGAAAACUCGCUCAUGGCGUUCUAUCUCGUUAUUUCGAAAAUUAUGAAGAAGAUAUAAAAAUCCUCCUGUCUGAGAAUGGAAUGAGAGUGGAAGGAAAUGGAUGGCAAUUUGUGCCUUUGUGCAUUCAAUGUUUGACGAUUGUUUGUGAAUUGUUAUCUGUUAUUCCAACAGAAGAUAAUUGUGUUGAACAGUUGAUUGAGCUUCUUUACACGCUUGAUAACCCAAUUGAUUCUUUUUUCCAUCUUGUAGUUCAACUUUUCCAUCGUACUUGGAGAGAAAUGCAAGCGUCUCAAGGAGAAGCUCCUAAGGUUGGAAAGGUUGUUCGGGAGCAACUAUGGAGAAAUGUAGAACUGAGACCAACUACCCUAGCAUCUCUUAAUGAUUCUCUUCAUAAUUUAUCAUACUGGAAGAUUCGAAAACUUUGGGAGAAAGAUGAAAUGACGAAAGAAAAUAAUCAAUUAUCUUCAGAAAUAGUGAAUGAACUUCGACGAUUACUUACACCAUCCAUAGAAAGUCUUGUGAUACAGAAUCGUAAAAAUUUUAUGAAAGAAGGUUUCACCUUCAAGCGAGUUGUGAAAGGGAAGUCCGCACUAAAAGACCAGUACUGGUUCUGGAAGUUGGAUCAAGCUGAAAAAGUUAUUACGAUGACUGAAACAGAUAGUGACCCGUAUAUUGAAGGUUUAUCCCAUAUUGGGAAUGUUCGGAAAGUUCCAAUAAAAGAAAUAGUGGAUGUACCAUGGGGUAAUGAUGGUACAGCAACUCUUAGAAAAGGCGUAGGGGCCUCACGAGGACUCCGUAUACGUUUAAAAAAUGAUUCGAUAAUCUCGGUAUCAGCAUCUUCUGAUAAGCUAUUAUUGAUGUGGGUAGAUGGUUUGAAGCAUUUGAUAGGAAAAGAGAAUCUCAGUCUGGAUGCGAACAGCCUAGUGGAUAAGCUAUUGAAUGUAGAACUUAGGUUGAGAUUGCUGGAUGUCCCUCAGCCGGAAACAGAUUUGCCGUUGCCGGAAGUCCCUUCAAGUCUUACCUGGGUCAUACCACAUUUGGACGUUUAA